UCUGCGCGGGACCAAGCGGGAACCGCCGCGCGGCGACUGUGGAAGCGCGGGGCGGCGGCCGACAUGUUCCAGGGCGCGGAUGGCCAACCUGGCGAGUUGAACUCCAGAUCCAUGAAGCCCCCCGGAGGAGAAUCAAGCGAUCUUUUUGGAAAUCCAGAAGAAGGUAUUCCUUCAAGCAAGCCUAAUAGGAUGGCAUCUAAUAUUUUUGGACCAACUGAAGAACCUAAAAACAUACCCAAGAGGACAAAUCCUCCAGGAGGCAAAGGAAGUGGGAUCUUCGAUGAAUCAACUCCUGUGCAAACUCGACAAUAUCUGAAUCCCCAGUCACUGCCACUGUGCCUUUGGCACAUCCAAACAAGCCCAAGCUUUACAGAUGUUUCACAGAGAGGAGCAGUUAGAGGAGGGACCAGAGCAUCCCGGUUUAUCCCCACAAUGUAUAUCUUGGCAGUUUAG